AUGCUAUCCGCCACUCGACUCCCAGACACGCCACAGAGGCUUUGUGGCGUGACGGGCCACUGUGUGCUUAAGGGCCCAGUGGAUGCUCGUAUCGGCGUGGGCAGCGCUGUGGAGCUGCUGCCGGUGUACGUCGCCGACUUGGACGAACCAUGUUUGCUGGGACUCGACUACCUGACGCAGAACAAGGUUUGUGUCGACCUUGGACGGAAACUGGUGAGGGAGCGUGGCCAAGAAGUUGCCUUGCUUCCGGAGGUCGGCUGUGCGGAGGUAGCUGUGGCUGAGAGAGUGCACCUUGCCCCUAGGACGGAGGCCAGAGUCCGGUGUCGACUGUCCAGAGCAAUGCGUGGAUCGGAAGGCAUGGUGGAGCCCACAGAAAACCUGCGAUUGGCUGACGGCGUGGCAGUCGGGCGGAGCCUCGUUCAAGCGGGGGAAGAGUUAGUUACGGUGUUGGUAGCUAACCUCUCCGGUGAGGCUCGAAAGGUGCCCGCUGGGGCCAAGCUGGGCACUUGUGAGGAAGUGGAGCGCCCUGAAGAGACGUCGGGGAGCGCAGAGGUGGCUGCUGUGAGGCCGCUGCCCCACUUCCUGAAGGAUUUGGCUCACCGGAGUGCCGCUAACCUGACGGAGGUGCAGACGGAGAAGGUGCGCCACACCGUGGCUCAGUACGCGGACGUCUUCAGCAGGGGUGACAUGGACCUGGGCCGCACGGGUUGGUGA